UAAGUUCUUGGGGGAAAGGGUCAGUACUUACAUUUCCAGUGGCAACGUGCAUCACCCAUAGUAGGCAUUCUUUAAAUCGUUCGUUGAAUCGGAUUCUUCUUUCCACAUCUCUUUCUUCCGUACCAAGUUUAAAAAAUUUUUAACUGCUGUGCCAAAUAUUGGCUUCUCUGAAUCCUGUAUUUUCAUGUUCUUCCUUUUUGUUACGGACUUGAAGAUCAGGUCAGCUAAAUGUCAGAUGGUUAAUUUCUUUUUACUAAUGCCACGAUCCAGUAUUGCAAUUAUAGCCGUCUGUAUAAUGGCAUCUUAAAAUAUUGCUAACUGCUUAUCUUUUAUUUUGAAAUGUAGUCAUUUAAUAAAAACUGCCCCUUCUUUCUUCACUGUGUUAGUCUCAUUGCCCAUCCUCUUUGAUAAUCCAUUUUAACUCCAUGGUUUUAACUCUAGUACCUUCUUAGACCAUUUGUUACAUGGAUUGAGUAUUUCCACUUCUGUUUUCUUCUAGUAUUUUUCAGUGGUCUUAUUCUUCAUAUUUAAAUCCUUAACCUACCUCCACAGUAUUUAGGGUAAGAAAGGAAGUAAGGCUCUACUGUUUUUUCCCCCCAAAAUUGUUAACCAAUUGUCAACAUAUAAUUCAUCAUUAUAUGUUGAAUUCAGUUUUUCCCAACUGAUAACAAAUACUAUAUUUAUCAUAGGUUCUAGUUCUUGUUUAUCCUUGGCACUUCUGAACUUUUGUUCAGUGAUCUCUGGCUUCCUUUGCUAAUACCAUGCUGCUCUUACUAUUCUAGGUUUAUAAUGUGUUUUAAUGGCUAGAGAUUCUAACAAUGCCUGGCAUAUUGUUAACAUGACUAAAUAUUUUUGGAAUGAACAUAUUUAGUCAGGUAAAAGAAUGUCACAUAUCAACAUUUGUACCUGAAAUCAGCAUGCAAUUUUCAGGACACAUGGAUGAAUGCCAACUUUUGUGUAUCAUGUGACCUUUCUAUCUGGGGGUGAGUGAUUUCUAAGAGUAGCUGGCAGCACACCAGAUGCCAACCAGCCGUGGACUGCCCUAACAAAUAAUGAACAUCCUUCAAAGAGUUCAUGCAUCUUACGGAGGACACCUGACCUUUUGAAGCUUCAUAAUUCACAUCUAGAUGUCACCAGUGUUCCCUAUGUUAACAGUUCUGACCAUGUUUUAUUAUCUAUGCCUCCGGCGCCGAGCCAGGACAGCUACAAGAGGAGAAGUGAUGAACAGCCAUAGAACUAUAGAAUCGAACAGCCGGACUUCCCCUCUGAACGCAGAGGUGGUGCAGUAUGCCAAAGAAGUAGUGGAUUUUAGUUCCCAUUAUGGAAGUGAGAAUAGUAUGUCCUAUACCAUGUGGAAUUUGGCAGGUGUACCUAAUGUAUUUCCAAGUUCUGGUGACUUCACUCAGACAGCUGUGUUUCGAACUUAUGGAACAUGGUGGGACCAGUGUCCUAGUGCUUCCUUGCCAUUCAAGAGGACACCGCCUAAUUUUCAGAGCCAAGACUAUGUGGAACUUACUUUUGAACAACAGGUGUAUCCUACAGCUGUUCACGUUCUGGAAACCUAUCAUCCUGGAGCAGUUAUUAGAAUUCUAGCUUGUUCUGCAAAUCCCUAUGCCCCAAGUCCACUAGCUGAAGUAAGCAGAUGGGAGAUUCUUUGGUCAGAGAGACCUACGAAGGUGAAUGCUUCCCAGGCUCGCCAGUUUAAACCUUGUAUUAAGCACAUAAAUUUUCCCACAAAUCUUAUACGGCUGGAAGUAAAUAGUUCUCUUCUGGAUUAUUACACUGAAUUAGAUGCAGUUGUGUUACAUGGUACGAAGGACAAGCCAGUGCUUUCUCUCAAGACUUCAGUUAUUGACAUGAAUGAUCUAGAAGAAGAUGACUACGAAGAAAAGGAUGGUUGUGGAAUGGACAAUCUUAACAAAAAGCUUAGCACUGCCCUCAGGGCAGGGCCAAAUAAUGGAUAUUUUGACAAACUACCUUAUGAGCUCAUUCAGCUGAUUCUGAAUCAUCUUACACUACCAGACCUGUGUAGAUUAGCACAGACUUGCAAACUGCUGAAUCAGCAUUGUUAUGACCCUCUCCAGUACAUCCAUCUCAAUCUGCAACCUUAUUGGGCAAAACUAAACGACAGCUCACUGGAGUUUCUGCAGACGCGCUGCACUCUGGUCCAGUGGCUUAAUUUAUCUUGGACUGGCAAUAGGGGCUUCAUCUCCGUUGCAGGAUUUAGCAGGUUUCUGAAGGGUUGUGGAUCCGAAUUGGUGCGCCUUGAGUUAUCUUGCAGCCACUUCCUAAAUGAAACUUGCUUGGAGAUUAUUUCAGAGACGUGUCCAAAUCUACAGGAAUUAAAUCUGUCAUCCUGUGAUAAACUGCCACCUCAAGCUUUCAACCACAUUGCCAAAUUAUGUGGCCUUAAACGGCUUGUUCUCUAUCGAACAAAAGUAGAGCAAACAGCACUGCUCAGCAUUUUGAACUUCUGUUCAGAGCUGCAACACCUCAGUUUGGGUAGUUGUGUAAUGAUUGAAGACUAUGAUGUGAUAGCUAGCAUGAUAGGAGCCAAGUGUAAAAAACUUCGUACCUUGGAUCUGUGGAGAUGUAAAAAUAUCACUGAGAAUGGGAUAGCAGAACUGGCUUCUGGGUGUCAGCUUCUGGAGGAACUUGACCUUGGCUGGUGCCCUACUCUGCAGAGCAGCACCGGCUGCUUCACCAAACUGGCACGCCAGCUCCCAAACUUGCAAAAACUCUUCCUUACAGCCAACAGGUCUGUGUGUGACACAGACAUUGAAGAACUGGCUUGUAAUUGUACCAGAUUACGGCAACUGGACAUACUAGGAACAAGAAUGGUAAGUCCAGCGUCCUUAAGAAAACUCCUGGAGUCGUGUAAAGACCUUUCCCUACUUGACGUGUCCUUCUGCUCUCAGAUCGAUAACAGAGCCGUGCUGGAGUUCAACACGAGCUUCCCAAAAGUGUUCAUAAAAAAGAGCUUCACUCAGUGACUUUGUAUUUGUUCUGUAGUAAAAUUAAUGUGCUUUUGUGGGGUUUUAUCUUAGGGCUGGUUUUGUUUUGUGUAGUUUCUAUAAUGAUGGGAAUGUCUUAACACAUUAAGACAUUUGUAAGUUUUAAAGAAAAAUAUGAAACAUUAUGAAAUACAGAUAGGUAUUGCCAAACACAUGUGUUAAUCAUGAGAAGAAUAUGAUUUUCAUUGAGCAUAUUUAUCACUUGGAUGGCACUGAUAGAUUUCUAUUAGAUUCCUUCUUCUCGUGAUAAUUUCCACUUAGCAUGUUAUUACAUUGCAGAUUAAUCACUUCCAGUUGAAGAUUAGGUGGAGGCUUCUCAAUUGCAUAACUGAAUGGGUUUUGGAAAAUGGAAAUUUCGUUCAUACUUGCAUCAAGGUCCAAAAAAUGCUGUUGGACCUAUAGUUUGAGCUCAGAGCUCAAAAAAUCUGUUGCAGAUUUGUGUGAGAAUGAGGAUCUUGCUUAUUUUGUCUUACCAAAAGGUAAAAUAAUGCAGGAAGUUUAUAAAGCAGCUUGAUGUUACUUCAUAAUUCAAACAGUGUUAGUUGUCAGAAUUACCUAUAUUUCAUAUAUAAACACUGUUUUUCCCCACUUCCACGGCUUCUGACUUAGUAGAAUUUGCAUUUCGAGUAAGUAGUCAGGUGUGCUGCUGCCGCUAGUUUGGACCUCUCCUUGAGUCUGGAGGCUUUUCCUGAAUCCCAGUGAACCCACAUGAAGUGGGAAUAACUGUUCUUAUUUUGCGCUGUUUCAAUUUUUGGUUGAAUUCAUUACAAAGCAUUAUCAAGUCUGCAACAAAAGCCAAAUUCCAAAGCCCUUCAGUGUUUCUUAAUAGUGGUGGAGGGUAUUUCUUCUCAUUCAGAAGAAUUUAAAUACCAGCUCUGAGCUCAAAAACAAUAAAACUGCUGCUAAGCCAACAGUCUGCUGGUUAACACUACUGGUUCAAUAACGCAAGAUUGAGUCAAAUAUAUUCCAUGAACUAUCUGUUGAUGAAUAAUACAGUAUAUAACCAUAGGUUUUAACAUUUUACAUUUUUACAAGCUUUGUAAAUUUGACCAACUAAGCCUACUUUUUGCUUCACACAUAUUUUUAUCAUCACUAGUUCUGACGCAUUUUAGCAGAUUCUACUUCAGUUUGUAAUGAAAUCAUGUUUUCUUAACUUCUUAGAAAAUAUUUUUACCUAUAGUUGCUCCAUACAUACUAGUUGUAGAAACUCUUCAAAUGCUUCAACCUUGGCAUUGACUUAUCAAAUAAACAACAAUCACUAGGCAGUAGCACUAACAUCUGUUGACUCAUCAAGAGCCAAGGAAAACCACUCAGAAUCACUUGCCCUUUUUUUUUUUUGAGUUGAUGUUCCCAGUGUUCUCAAUUCUUUCAAACAACUGUUCUUGCCAAAAGGCUAAUAGUCUUAAGCAAGUUUGCUUUGGACAAAUCUCUUCAGCUAAUGAAUCAAAAACAAUUUAAUUAACUCCCCAUUGCUAAAAAGGCUUUCUUUGCUUGACUAACAAAUGAGCCACUCAGAAACUUACUUUAUAGCUUCAUUUUUAUUUUUAUAAAGAAAUUUUGCUGUGAUGAGAUACCUUUAAAUUUUCUAAUUUCUCUGGCCACUGCAUUCUAGAAAUUGAGAAUAUUGUGAAGAAUACUUAGUUUGGUAAUGCUAGUGUAAAUAUAGUGUUCUUUCAGAACAGCUACAGUGUGACUGCAUGUUAAACACAAUGCUUUGCCAUCUAAUUCAGUAACAAAAUAAUCCAUACCUCACUGUGCCUUAAACACGUGUCGCUUGAAGUUCUCUCUCUCUCUUGCUCUCUCAUUCUCACAUUAUGAGUAUGCACUGGUAAUAAACUUAAAAAUAUUGUGGUAUGACAAUCUGUGACAUUCAAAAUGCUAGUAGUUAUAACUGCAUCACUGUACUAUGUAAUGUGCUAAGCGGCAGUGCAAAACAGUGUGAGCACCACGUUGGCCUCUGUUGCAGUUACUCAACUCUGCCUUUGUACUGUGUGGGCAACCAUAGACAUACAUAAGUGAAUGAGUGUGGCCAUGUUCCAAUAAAAGUCUGUUUAUUUAUGGACACAAAAA